AUGAAGACCCCUACUCUGGCAAUCACGGCCGCCCUCAUGGUCGAUGCGAUUGCGGCUUCAUCCUUUGACUUCGAGAGUCACCCACUGCAGGCAGGCGAUCUGCAGCAUCUGAGGGAGGCGGAGGCGGCCAUCUUUCGUCCGGAUCAGAACGCGACCGGAAUAUCAAGUUGCAAGGUCUUUCCUGGCGAUCACAAUUGGCCAGGAACGCGAGCUUGGGAUUUGUUGGACCAACUGACGGACGGGGGUCUCAUUGCCUCUGUGCCGCGGGCCUCAUCCUGUUAUAAUGGGCCAAGAUACGAUGCGACUGACUGCAAGUCUUUAACAGACCAAUGGACCGACUCGUAUUUCCACAACAAUGACCCCAUUGAGAUGCUCUCGCCCGUUUAUCAGGGUCUAACCUGUCAGCCGACCACGGACCCUACAGACAACUGCACGCUGGGCGGAUAUCCAGCCUACGCGGUCAACGUGUCCAGCGUGGCGGACAUCCAGCUGGCCAUUAACUUUGCCCGCCACACAGGAGUGCGCCUGGUUGUCAAGAAUACCGGCCAUGAUUUUUCGGGGAAGUCUGGCGGUGCCGGCGCGCUGAGCAUCUGGACACACCACCUCAAGGGGGUUGAACAUAUCCCCAGGUAUAGCGCUCCGGGGACAAGUUGGACUGGGGCGGCCUUUCGUGUGGGAGCCGGUGUACAGGCCUACGAGCUGUACAAGACGGCCGAUGAGCACAAGCUGAUGGUUGUGGGUGGCGAAGGACAGGUAAGCUUCUGCGUGAUACCGAAAUAUCUAACAAAACUGCUAAUCAUGUGA